AUCAUUGUAUGUAUUUUCUCAGUCAAAGGCCACUAUAUAAAGAUUGCCAAAACAAAAUUUUUCAGAAGAGGGGAUCACUUGAAGGGGUGGGUAAUAGGCUAUGCACCAUUUUUUAAAUGACAAUAAAAUUAAGCUUUCUUUUUAGCUGACAAAUUGUAUUUUGUUUAGAUAUUCACUAUCAUUGUGUGUGUAUGUAUGUGCAUAGAACUAGAAAGUUGUAUAAAAAACAAAUUUCAACCAAUGAUAUUCACCACUGGUAUUCACUUCAUUCCCCACCCUGUAUAAGUCGUGUACAUGUGUUUCAACAGCAUGUGCUAAAUGACCCGAAAGAAGUUAAAAGGAAUACUAUUUUCUUACCGCUACCUGCAAAAUCUAAUAAUGAAAGAAAUGAAGAUAUCAGAGUUAACGCUUGCAAUGAUACGUGCAGCCAAGAAAGGAUCAAACAUUGCCAUGAUUAUCCGUUCCGAAGAUGCCCUGCUACAUUUAUUGGUCGAAGAAAAAACUGGUAACCAGAAAAAUGUAAGAUUUGUUCAAGACUUCAAAACACUGGCAGAUGUCUUGAUUCAGGAGACUGUUCGCUAUGAUCUGGAUCAAAAGUUCCCUGGACUUGGUAAGAACCUGUAUGGUGAGGAAAGCAAUAAAUUUACAAAUGCCCUGGGUGAAACGAUCUGUGUGACUAUCGAGCCAGACCAAGAGAAAAAUGUGGAAUUGCUAGGCCAAGUCCUUCAUGGAAACCACGAAGCAGCCCGUCUUUUGGCACAAGCUAUCAGUUCCCAGCCAGAAAGUGCAAAUAAUCCUCUCCUGGAUCAAGUGCUUGAUGAAAUUGAACUGGACAAAGUUCGAAUCUGGAUUGACCCAAUUGAUUCCACUGCCCAAUAUAUCCAAGCAGCUGAAAGUAAAGCAGAUGAACAUAACGUUAUUUCCGAAGGACUGCAAUGUGUCUCUGUGUUGAUUGGAGUCUAUGAUGUACAAACCGGUCUGCCAAUUAUUGGUGUCGCUUACCAGCCAUUCCAUCACCAGGAAGACGAUGGGUGGAAAAGCCGUUACAUCUGGGGAAUUUGCUAUGGAGACACCAAAGUCCAUUUCUUUAGUGAUAAGGAAGAUUCUAAAGAAUCAGGGAACAAUGUUAUUGUCACUAGUUCGAGUGAAGACCAACGUAUUCAGGAAAAGCUUAAAGAAAUGUUUAGUUUGUGUUAUGCUGCUGGUGCUGGAUAUAAGGCCUUGUGUGUAUUGGACGACAAAGUUGAUGCUUACCUUGUGACUAAAGGUAGUACUUACCACUGGGAUACCUGUGGUCUUCAUGCCAUUCUCAUGGCAAUGGGUGGUGGAAUUGCAAGCUACAAGGAUUGUGUGACAGAUUUGAAACGAGAUCCCGACCUUCAUCAGAUACGAUACAACAUUUCAGCAGAAGUGCCCACAUCGGGAAUUGACCAGUGGUGUAAUUCCAAUGGCGUCAUAGUCUAUAAAGAACCCAGAAUCCUUCAGAAGCUACAGAAGCUUCUGGCAACUUCAGGGCCAACGCAACUGUAACCGUUUUUUAGGUCAUCUUGGUGCUAGAACCAAUCAGGAAUUAUCCUGUUGGAUAGAACACACCAUAAGAUAUUUGAAACUUAGAAGGGAACCAAAUGCACUUUUAUUGUUAGUCCUUUUUCUAUAGCACCUAUUUAUAUAUACACACACAUACAUAUAUAUAUAUAUAUAUAUAUAUA